AUGCUAACAACUGCAACAAUGGAUAAUAAAGAAAUUAUUCUCUCCGGUGACAUGAACUGUGAUUAUUCCAAGCGUUCCAACAAUAGAAACUUGAAGGACAUAAUAAAAAUGAAUGGCCUGAAACAAAUGAUUACCGAACCCACAAGAGUCACAGAGAGUACAAGUUUGCUUAUAGACAUUGUGUUAACAACGCACAAAGAGAAUAUUAUAAAAGUCUUUGUGAAUAGAAUCGGAGUGAGUGACCAUUAUCUUACCGGUGUAAUUAGGAAAACCAACUGUACAAAAUAUCCUCCAAGGAAAAUUUUCGCCCGUAACUACAAAAAUUAUUCCGCCACAGCGUUUAAAAAUGAUCUCAGAAAUCAACAAUGGUAUGACGUGAUACUCCACACAGAUUUUAAUACUGCUUGGGACCAGUUUAAAGCUAUCGUCAAAAACACCAUCGACCAAGAUGCCCCUUUCACAGAAAGAACCGUUCGUGGUAAGGACUGUCCAUGGCUAACAAGGGAUCUAAAGCAGAUGAUGCACGAGCGUGAUUAUCAGCUACGUAAUGCCAAACGUACCAACAAACACGAACAUUGGAGCAACUAUCGGAGGCUGAGAAAUCAAGCAACGUACGCCAUAAGAAAAGCAAAGGCGAACUAUGAACGAUCAAUCUUUAUGGAGAAUGAUCUUAAUCCGAAGGACUUUUGGCGUCAGGUUAAAAAAUGCUAUCGAAUUAAAAGUAAAAAGACUGUAAGCAAAACAUUUAUGAUAGCAAAUUAACCUGUCUCCGAGAAAAUAUUGUCGCAAAUGCAUUCUGCAGCUACUUUACGCAUGUAACCUCCCUAAUCAACCCGUCACAACCGAACUUCGUAGACUCUGUUUGGCUGCAAACUGAUUCUAUGAAUGAUCUUCCAGCUAAAGUGAAUCCGGACAGCCAUCGAUUUCACUUCAAUGUCACGUACUACAAAGAAGUAUUGGGAGUCAAAAGUAAGUGAGCGCCUCGAAAGCCGCUGGUCUGGAUAAUAUCCCUCCUAAGCUGGUCAAAGAUGCUGCAGAGGAGCUUACCACGCCAUGAACUACCCUUGUAAACCGUAGCCUGACGUGUGUACUUUUUCCAACCGCUGAAAAAGCUGCUAAGAUAUCACCAAUUUAUAAGUCUCAAGAUAAAACGGCUCUUGACAACUACCGACCCAUUUCAGUGUUACCAGUGUUUUCAAAAGUACUGGAAAGAGUCGUCUAUAAUCGCUUGUCAUACUACCUCGAGAAAAACAAUCUUCUCAAUGAUUCCCAGUAUAGAUUUCGUCAAAAGCGGUCAACCAAGCACGCCGUGACAAUCCUCAUGGUGGACAUUAGAACAAGUAUGGACAACCAACAGCUGACAGGAGCAGAUUUUCUCGAUCUACGAAAGGCUUUCGACACAGUGAACCACGCACGUCUGCUUAACAAACUACCUUCCUAUGUCAUUAAUGACGUUGAGCUAAUCUGGGUAUCAAGUUAUUUGUUUGCCCGAACUCAGGGUGUAAACUUCGAAGGGACGUUAUCAGAGGAAAGUUACAUCACUCACGGAGUACCACAAGGUUUCAUCCUUGGCCCUCUUCUGUUUGCGCUACUAAUUAACGAUGUAGAUACUGAUCUAUCACAGUGUAGAAUUAUUCUCUAUGCAGACGACACUGUUAUCUAUUUCAGCGACAAGACUGCUUCGAUAAUUGAAAGUACUUUAAACGGGGAAGUAAAUCGAAUUGCAAUAUGGAUGAGAGAUAACCAUCUGACGCUCAACCUAAAGAAAGGAAAAACAGAUUUUCUCUUGUAUGGAACAGCGAAGAAGCUGAGUAAGGAACUCCACAAGAUCAACAUACGUAUAAACGGAGAGAAGGUGAAUGAAGCAACAAAAUACAUGUACUUGGGAGUGCUAUUAGACCAACAUCUAAACCUACAUGAUCAUCUGGCGCAACCUAUAAAAAGGCAUCCUCGAGGCUAAAGUUACUAAAACGCAUUAGACCAAAUCUAACGUCUGCUAUAGCUGGAAACGUGUACCACAGCUUGAUUCAGCCUAUAGUAACAUAUUGCCCAACUGUUCACCUGGGACUUCCAAGCUACCAGAUAGACAAACUUCAGGCAAUCCAUGACCGAGGAGAGCGUAUCGUGUGCCCCAAGGGAGUGACAACAGAAUGGAAACAAAUUUCCGAUGUCAUUGACGAGCAGGUCCUGAUAGAUGUGCAUAAGUCUAUACGAUGUGUAUCUCCGCCACAAUACCAUACCUAUUUUAAAGUUCUCGAACAUUGAAAGAACACAAGAGGAGAUGGCUGCUCUCUCGUUAUCCCGAGAGUAAAAACUGAAGUAGGAAGGAAGACCUUCAAAUUUCAAGGAAGUUUGUUGUUUAACAAACCUCCAAAAGAACUAAAAACUGAAAAAUCUGUUGUUAUUUUUAAACGAAAUUUAAAACAUCUCUACAAAUAAUUUUUAUAUCCAUGUAAAACAUUUUUUAGACAGCCUUGAACUAUGAAUAUUGACUUAAUUUGACUUCUUAUAGAGACAUUUUCUAAUAGAGUUUUUAUAUUAGUAUAUUAUUUGUAAACACAGGUCCUUGUAGGAUACCAGCCAUUGAACUCCACAGCUGAACAAGUUAACCUGUUAAAAUAUAGAAUAUAAUAAUAAUAAUAAUAAUAAUAAUAAUAAGAUUAAAUAUAAUGAAGUUUAAAGAGCGGAUGUAGUUUGUAGUUUUCUAUACAAACUUCCGUGUAAUCUUAAUAGACGGCAAAAAGUCUGCAAACUGCACAGGCUGCGCUCUCAAUGUAUCACGUGAACCGUUAAGCUUACGUCAGUGAACUAUAUACAUGGAAGGCUGACUUCAGUCAUUGACGUAAUCAAAAAGUGAAGCCAAAGAUGGCGGAUUUUGAAGCCAUUCUUGCGCGUCAUUCUUAGUCUCCUUACCCGCGCGGCCAAACAUUUUUUGUAUUUUCAUGGCGGGAAGUGAUGGGUCCGCGAUUCUCGGGUUGUGUUUUUCUUCAUUUUAAAAGAGCAAAAAAGGAAAUAAACUUCAUUUAUUUCAUGUAAACCUGGUUUCCUUGAUCUACUCGAUCUGUCUACUGCAUUUUCCCACUGUAUGUGUGAGUAAAUCUGUAUUUUUCGUUGCGAAUUCAACAACUAAUUUCAAACUUUUUUGUUUUUUUGAUAUAAAAUCUGUAUUUUUAUAAAUUGGCAAUUUAUUUUUGCUUUGUUAGUUUCGUUUUCUUGUUUCUAUGGUGCUUUUCAGUUUUCACACCAUUAUUUAGCUUACUUUAGUCGGUUUUCCUGACCUAAAACUGCUUUUUAACUGCAGUUUUCGAGGCAGUUUUUAGCCAAUUUAAUCCCAUACAUGUAAGAAAAUUCUGUUUUUUUAUUUUCCAUUUAAUAAAAUCACUUUGAUGAUUGCCUUUUAAACUUAAACUGUUCAUUUUAAUGAGUUAUUCAUGUGUGUGAAACUCUUGUCGAUAGGGGCAAUAGAGAUAUUUUGAAAGAUUGAGUGACUUUGUGUUUCGUUUUGUCACUCCUUGUCAUUUUACAAAAACAGCAAUCCCGCGCUAUUUUGCUUUCUUUCCACUCAAAUAUCACAUCUCCUAAACAAAUAAUAAUUAAAAUUUACAACCGAACCCAAACAGAAUACCAGAAUUCAACUUUUCAUUCAAAUUUCGUCUGUUUUUCACCAGAUGUUUACUCGGAAAGUAAAGAAAAAUAUAAAAGUUUUGUUGACCGCGCACGCAAGGGGACUGAGAAUGACGCGCAAGAAUGCCUUCAAAUUCCGCCAUGUUGGCUUCACUUUUUGAGCUCGAGUCAGACUUCCAUGUUAUAUAGUUCAGUGGCUUACGUAAGCACGGCGCACGCGACAUCAGUUGCGUCAACGGAAAAAAACUUUCAAAUUGGAAUUAGAAUUUUCAAUUAACAACCUAUUUAAUUUGAAUAAUUGGAUUCUUCGCGUUUUGGGGGAAGCUUGAUUGAGAUAUAUCAUCCAAUAAUUUUAUCUACGAAAGCUUGUGAACAUACGAACAUGAAUAUCAUCAAGAUUUCUCCUUGCAUCGUCCUUGUGAUCCUGUUUUGUGGACUAAACUUUUCCAUUUUAUCGAAUGAGAAAUGUCAAUUUAAUCACACGAAAUGGUCUGACUUUUACGGCUCCAAUUUGAAAUUCGUAGCAACUCGCGCACGGAACAGUUGUGUUUGUUUUGUUCAAGCAUACAAACUUAAACGUUUUCUUAAACGAAGAAUCAAAUAUAGUACAAAGUCAUCUGCCACGUUUAAUCCAGCGAUAGUGAUGUUAACAAGAAGCGGCGUAAAUCUAGUUAAUCCCGGUCCUGAACAACAACGCCAAAAAACUGUUAGUGUCAACGUCGUGCAAGAACCAAAUGCGAAGUCUUCAAACUGCAACCGUCGUUUGCCUAAACACGAACUCUCGUUAGCGCAUUUUAACUGUAGAAGUCUAAUGGCUCAUAUUGACGAACUGAGAUUAACUUUUCAGAAUAUCAAUCCUUUAUUUAUUGGCAUAACGGAGACAUGGCUGGAAAGCUCUAUUGCGGAUUCGAAAAUCGAACUACCUGGAUUCUCCGUAAAUCGCCUUGAUCGGAAAGAAAACCGCAGGGGAGGAGGAGUCGCACUGUACUUAUCAAGUAACGUGAAAUACACCAGAAGAAAGGACUUAGAAGAAGAUUUUGAAGUAAUAUGGGUUGAAAUUAAACUGCAAAAAACAAAGUUUUUAAUCGGAUGUGUGUAUCGGGCUCCAGAUGAAACUCUCCGGAUUUUCGAUUACCUUGACGAUGUUAUGAGAUAUGCGACAAGAAAUAAGCUAGAAGUCAUUAUUGUUGGUGAUCUUAAUUGUGAUUGUUUAAACGCAACUUUAAAACAAACAGAGAGGCUGUUAAAAUUUACAAUGGUCAACGAACUUGAACAGUUGAUAAAUGAACCUACUCGCGUUACGUCCGCUACUAGUACUCUCAUUGAUGUCUUAAUCACUUCAACGCCUAAUUUGUUUAAGGACUCUGGAGUUAUGGAUAUAACAUUAAGUGACCAUUACCCUAUUUAUGGUGUUAUGCACGGUCCAGCAACCCACUCCAAGAAACAUCGGAUAAUAACAACGCAUUCCUGGGAUGACAACAAAGUGAAUGCUUUUCUGGCUGAUCUGAAACACGCUCCGUGGAGCCUGGUUGAUUCUUUCGACAAUGUGGACAGUAUGUGUUCUGUAUGGGAAUCACUAAUGAAAUCCUUAAUUGGCCAACAUUUCCCCUUAAAGCGAAAGCGUAUUCGAAGACAGACUCACCCAUGGCUUGAUAGCACUACACUCAAGCUCAUGAGAACACGUGAUCAAAUGCACAAAAAGGCAAAAAGAUCAGGACUGUCUCAGGACUGGAAUGAAUACAGACGCCUUCGUAACAAAGUAACCGAAAUAAACAGAAAGGCAAGAAAAGAUUACUUCAGAAACAAGCUUGAAGAAAAUCGUGGAAAACCUAAAGCUUUCUGGGACACAUUACGUCUGAUCCUUCCAUCCAAGAAAAAUUGCAAUGAAAUUGAAAGGUUAGUGGUUGAUGGUGAAGAGUUAAGUGACAAGCGUGACAUUGCUAAUUCUUUAAACGAAUAUUUUACAACAAUUGCAUCCUCGUUGUUAGCCAGUCACCAAUCCCACGAGUACCUAGCAGCUCCACAGCAGGAAAACGACCCGGUCAUUUUAAACAACACUUUUAAAUUUCGUGUCUUGAAUGAAGACGACGUUUUCAACGUCUUACAAACAAUGGAUAUAUCGAAAGCUACAGGAGCAGACAAUAUUUCGGCUAAAGUCUGGAAGACCGCUGCUCCCUAUAUCAGCAACGUUGUAUCUAAUAUAUUCAAUGCAUGCUAUCAGUACGGUCGCUUUCCAUCUCCGUGGAAAACGGCGAGAGUGACACCAUUGUUUAAAGGCGGGUCCAAGACUGAUCGUGACAACCGAAGGCCAAUUUUCGUUCUGCCCUGCAUAUCAAAGGCGCAAGAAAUGUUCGCCAAUCUCGAUCUACAAGAAUUCGCAGCUGAGAAUAAUCUUAUCGGUGACCAUCAAUUUUCGUACGCCAGAAACUCGUCAACUACAGCAGCACUUAUUAUUACCGUUGACUCGUGGAAGUUUGCUAUAGACAAAGGAGAGAAAGUUGUUUGCACCUUCCUAGACUUGAGAAAGGCGUUUGACAUCAUAGAUCAUGACAUCUUGAUAAGCAAACUAUCGAAAAGCGGAGUGACUGGAAACGAACUGAAAUGGUUCACGAGUUAUCUACAUGAACGGAAGCAAUAUGUCUCGUGCGAAGGCGUAGAGUCGGAACGGCGUUUAAUUACACACGGAGUUCCGCAGG